GGGUUUUUGGGGUGUCUGACCUGGAUUUCGGGGUGUCCCCAGGUGUGGAGCUGGGCAAGCCCACCCACUUCACAGUGAGCACCAAGGGUGGGGGCAGGGCUGCCCUGGACGUGCAGGUGACGGGGCCGGGCAAGGGCGAGGCCGUGAGGGACCUGCAGGUGACAGACAACCACGAUGGCACCCACACGGUCACCUACACACCUGUGCAGCAGGGCACUCUGGGGGUGUCGGUGACCUACGGGGGGGACCCCAUUCCCAAGAGCCCCUUCAGCGUCGGGGUCAGCCCCGCGCUCGAGCUGGGCAGGAUCAAAAUCUCCGGCCUGGACGACAAGCUGGAGGUGGGCAAGGCUCAGGAGUUCACGGUGAAGGCCAAGGGCGCCGGCGGGCAGGGCAAGGUGGGCGCGCGGAUUUUGGGACCGUCCCGAAAACCGGUGCCGUGCACGGUGGAGCCGAGCCCCGGCGCCGAGAGCAGCGCCGUGCGGUUCGUGCCGCGCGACGAGGGCCCCCACAGCGUGGAGGUGACCUACGACGGCGUCCCCGUGCCCGGCAGCCCCUUCCCCGUGGAGGUGGUGCCGCCCACAGACCCCUCCAAGGUUCGUGCCUUCGGCCCCGGUCUCCAGGGGGGCCUGGCAGGGGUUCCGGCCCCGUUCACCAUCGACACCAAAGGCGCCGGCACGGGCGGUUUGGGGCUGACCGUGGAGGGGCCCUGCGAGGCCAAAAUCGAGUGCCAGGACAACGGCGAUGGCACCUGCUCCGUGUCCUACCUGCCCACGGAGCCCGGUGACUACAACAUCAACAUCCUCUUCGCCGGCACCCACAUCCCGGGCUCGCCUUUCCGCGCCCCGAUCCGGCCGAAGUUCGACCCUUCCAAGGUCACCUGCGAAGGGCCGGGCUUGGAGAAAGCCACGGCCGGCCAGCCGGGGCGCUUCCGGGUGGACUGCAGCCGGGCGGGAACGGCCGAGCUGACCAUCGGCAUCGCCUCGGAAGCCGGGGCGCGGGCGGAGGUGAGGGUGGAGGAGAACGGCGACGGCAUUUACACCAUCGCCUACACGCCGCGCAGCGCCGGCGUGCACACCGUCACCGUCGAGUACGGCGGGCAGCCCGUGCCGCACUUCCCCAGCACCGUGCGCGUGGAGCCGGCGCCGGCGGCCGUGGAUACGGCCGGAGUCAAGGUGUACGGGCCCGGCGUGGAGGGCAAGGGCGUGUUCCGCGAGGCCGUCACCGAGUUCGAGGUGGACGCGCGGGCUCUGGCCAAGGCCGGGGGUCCCCACGUCAAGGCCUUGGUGUCCAACCCCUCCGGAAACGUCACCGAGACCUUCGUGGAGGACCGCGGUGACGGCACCUACCACGUGGAGUACACGCCCUACGAGGAGGGCCUGCACACCGUGGACGUGACCUACGGGGGGUCCCCGGUGCCGCUGAGCCCGUUCCGUGUCCCGGUCACCGAGGGCUGUGACCCCACCCGGGUGCGGGUGCACGGCCCGGGGAUCCAGAGCGGCACCACCAACCAACCCAACAAAUUCACCGUGGAGACCCG